AUGUUUGUUGCAAAUCAACAUGGCUGUGAUGUUUAUUUACAUGGACAACGUCAAUUACGCCCAAGAAAACGAGUUGAAACAUGGGUUGAUGAACAAGUAAAUGAACAAUCUUACUUACAUGGUUUAAGAGAUUGUGUUGUUCCAUUCAUGAAAGCAACUAAUUCAAAAAUUUUGAUGUCAGAUUGUGUAAAUUUGAAUCAUACAUUAAAAAUUCAACAGUUUUUAUCUAAAAACGAAAUAGAAUUGUAUGGAAGCGCUGGAUACCAUCAUCAGGUUGAAGGCGGUUAUCCACCGUAUUCUCACGAUUGUUCUAUAUUGGAUUCAUCAAUGUUUGGAACCUUUCAAUCGCAAAUUGCUGAUGAAAUUGCAAAAAAUACACAUUUGGUUGAUUCUGAUGAUGUUUUGAUUCAUAUGAGUAAAAUAGUUCCCCAAAUUUGGAAAUCAGAUAAAUACAAAAUUAUUGCAAAAAAUCACAUUGCUGGAUAUGCAAAACGAUUGCAAACAAUAAUCGACAAUGGCGGUGAUAUAAUUGGCAAAUAUAAGUAA